AUGUCGUUAAAGCUCGUCGUAAUCGGCAGUCUUAAUGGUCAGUUUCGAGAAGCCUUCAAAAAACUCGCGACGUUGAAUGGCAAACAUGCAUUCGCCUUUGCAAUCAUCGCUGGCGAUCUCUUCGCACAUCCGCAAAGCGAGUCUCCGGAGCAAGCAAAGGAUGUGGAAGCGCUGCUAAAUGGGCAGAUUGAUGUUGCGCUUCCAACGUAUUUUAUGCUUGGCAAGCAUGCUCUUCCCGAGAAUGUAACCAAGAAGCUUGAUUCUGCAUCUGGAGAAGUCUGCGAUAACUUGUCUUUCCUAGGGAAGCGAACAACUAUCAAAACUUCCGAAGGCAUUCGACUCGUUGCUUUAGGCGGUGUUCUUGAUCCUCAUGUCACCACAGGCGUGUCCAAAGACAAUUAUCUUCCAUUCUACUCGGAAGGCGACGCCAAAGUAUUGCGAGGAGCUAAUCAUGCCGACAUCUUAAUUACUACACAGUGGCCGUCAAACAUCAAGAGUGGAUCAGGAGUCGAAUUGGAUCCACAACUGGAACCUGCUUCUUAUCAGUGCAUUGCCGAAUUGGAUGUAGCUUUGAAACCCAAGUAUCACUUUUCUACGUCCGGGGAAAGUUUUUUCGAGCGUGAGCCUUUUCUGCAUACCUCAGAUAGUUCAACAGAGGGACCUUCUGUGACGAGAUUUAUCAGCUUAGCUUCUUUUAACAAUUCUAAAAAAGCUAAAUGGAUAUACGCAUUCUCCCUUGAUCCCUCAGCUUCUUCGCCCGCCGCCUUGCCUACCGACAUUACUGCAUCUCCCCUGGCUACCCAAAGUAAGAAAAGGACCAAGCCAACGCAGGGCUCUUCCUAUCGAUUUUCUGACGACAGAGGUCAUCGUCAACCCAACAAACGCCAAAAAGCCCCUCCACCUGGCCCCUCCGAAUGUUUCUUCUGUUUAUCCAACCCAAACGUCGCAUCUCAUCUCAUCACAUCCAUAGGAAACGAAUGUUAUAUGACUACGGCAAAAGGUCCUCUCAGCACCUCAGACACUUUCGAGGACCUAGAGUUUCCCUCGCAUAUGCUUAUCAUUCCUCUUACGCAUGCGCCAACUCUAGCAUUUAUCGAGCCUGAAGAAACUAGGGAGCUCGUAUUCCAGGAAAUGCAACGAUAUCGCAAGUCUUUGAACACCAUGCUCAUGAGACGUACCGCCGGCAAAUUAGGCUCUAUAGCCUGGGAGGUAAGCAGAUCUGGUGGGAUCCAUACUCACUGGCAGUACCUUCCUCUUCCCUUAGAUCUCGUCCAGAGGAAAUUGGUUGAAGUUGCCUUUGAAGUGCAGGCAGAGAACGAGAAUUACCCUUCGAUCAAGAAGAAGGAUAUUGGCAAUGGUUCCAUUGAGCCAACAGAUUUCUUUCGAGCGAUUAUCUGGGAACCAAGUGGGAGUCAACAAAAUGGAGAAGGAAAGGAUACAUCUCUCUUUCUACCCCUAGAUGCUUCGUUCCGCUUCGACCUUCAAUUUGGUCGAAGAGUCCUUGCGAAGCUAUUAGACCUUGAGAAACGUGUGCAAUGGCAGGAAUGUGGUCAAAGUGAGAUCGAAGAGAAAGCUGAUGCAGAUGCUUUUAAGAAGGCUUUCAAAGAUUUCGACUUUUCGCUUGAUGAUUGA